AAUAUAUAUUUAAAAGUGAACAUUUUGAACACUUUGAAUUUGAAAUACCUGAAAACUAUAUACAGUUUAGAGUAUGACUCAAGAAUAUAUUUUCUUAUAAAUAUAGAUUUCCCCCUAAAGGAAAGGGACAGUAUUCGGAAAGCGUUGCCACUCUGACUGUCAGGACGGAGUUGGCCUUUCCAUUUUUUGCCUCAACCUUUCAGGCAUUUUGGAAUUCGUUUGCUUAAAUUGUCUUUUGCUUCAGUAAAGACUUUUAACUCUGCUUUCGCUGUGAAAAACACAAAGAAGGAAAAUGAUUCGCGCUUCAUUACUGGUGAAAUUGAAUCGAUCGGUGGUAGGAUCACUGGUUAAUAACUGGGAUAACUCCAAACUGCCAAAUGUCAUUUCCCUGAACCCACGUGCUGUGAACUUAAUCCCAGCGCGUUGUUUUUCUGCUGGUGGUGACGAUGAGAAGCCCAAAAAGGUGCCGCCGGGGUUCGUGGCUCCCUUGGGAAGUAACCCAGAGAAUACCACUCGUAAGGGCGUGGCAACUUCAGAGGUACAGACGCCAGCCGUUUCCGUCGUCACCUCUGGUGGUAAAAUAGGCAGAACCGUAUCCCUGGACACCAAUGCCAUCGUUCGCAACAAGGGCACCGAAGAGAAAUGCUCAGGUGACGACAAGAAGUCUGAUGCCCAGAAGAGGGCGAUGGAGGCCAAGGAGGCUGCUGCUAAACAGGUGCAGGAAAUCAUGGCUAAUAUGCCUAGCAGGCAGCAGACUGAGAAAUACUUCUUUCGCGUUGUGGCAUUCAUUUAUGACUUGUCCUAUCUUACUGCCACCUGGCUGGUCAACUUUAUCGAGCACAAUAUCGUCCAGAAUCCCACAGUGCAGCACUACUGGAAGCGAUUCCACGAGAAAAUGGAGCAGGCAAAGAAGGAUUAACUUCCAGCGAACCACAAAUUUUUAUUAUACAACUUAUGCGAAAGCAACAAAAUAAAAACAAAUCGCUGACGAAUCCAAAA